AUGACCGUGCAGGUCAAGUUCAAAAUACAUACGGAGAAGGAGGUCAAAGUUGACCAGGGCAAUUCCAUGAAGGUAGCUACCCAAGGUCGCAAAGGGGCUGCUACUUCUAUGGUCCGCCACAACCUUGUUGAGUCGAAGAUGUUCAACCAAGGCAACAUCCUCGAGCUGGUGAAGUGCUUAUUUGGAAAGUCACUCCACAAUUUUAAGGGUAUGUGUGGCGAUAUCUGUGAAGAGUACAAACCGGGCAUGCACCAUUUGGUCCUCUCAAGCCCAAUUGCUCCUUGCUUGAUAUGGAUGGGUCAAGUUGGUUCUGAAAAAAUUACCCUUGUUGAUUCUCUCACUUGGCAGGCAUUUGUGGAUUUGCUUUCAAAAGCUACAAAGCACAAGGGCUUGGUGAUCAUCUUUACUGAAAACAAAAAAGAGAAGGCAAAAAAGGUUGCCCAGAACUGUGCAGCCAAAGAGUUGAUUGCUUCAGCCAGCGGUACCACAGCUGCUGAAGCACAGAUGGGUGUUCUGAGCAAAGAGCUCGAGAAAUCUGGCAUGGCCACUCGCAAAAUUCCGCCCCAAACGUAUGAAUAUCUUGCUAUCAUGAAGAAGUCCUGUGUCUACCACAAGGCUACCUCGGUCAAUGACCGAGUCAAGAUGCGAAGUGCUCAAAUGCAGGCUAAAGCUCUCCCAGAUGAGGCCAAAAAGAUCAAAAUUGAACCAGCCCGCGGGAUGCACCCAGCUCUUGCCGCUCACCUCCUCAGUGAGGCCAUGGAAUGGGCAAAUGUUCUCAAGGGCAAAGUCGAAGCCCUCCCAGAUAAAGAUGCCCUGGAAAGUCACUUGGAAUCUAACCAAAUUUCUUCUUCCCCCGAGUUCUGA